AUGAGUCUCGCAAUCCAAUUCCUGACCAAGAUUCGCGGCUUUGCCCUCGAGGCAGAUGGCGCCAGUCUCAAAGACUGGCUGCAGGUCGAGAACGAUGUCCCGGAUAUAUACUACAACCUGGCGCACGAGAUCAGAUCAAACUAUCCAGAUAACGGGAGCGACGCCCUCGAGAAAUUCGUCGACAACUGUCUUCCAGAGGAAGAUAACGUGCCAGAGGGGAAGGGGUCGCCGUGGCCGGGGUUUAAUUCCUUCAUCAAGGACUACCUCGAGUACUGGCGCGAUGUGAACUUUGACGAUGUUGUCAAUGUUUACACUAGGCUCAGCGAGCUGUUGAUAUCAUGCGCCAACGCGCUUGCUAAUCCGACCUAUGGUGUUAUGCUCCUUCCGACGAGCAUGGCCUUGUCGGAAUCCCUGUCGAAGCUGGUUAUGAGCCUGACUAGACAGCCGGAGGUUCUAGCGUUGAUAGAAGGGGAUGAGACGGGUGACGGGGAGAGCAAGUCGGUUGUUGAGAUGGCGGCGGAUAUUAUCCAAAAGUUUUUCACGUCUUGUCUGGGUGACCGCUCCAGCACGAGAUGGGCACCGCCAAAGGGGAAAAAGGUGGCGGUUUAUCUCUUUGCGAAUCUAACUCUUAAACUCCUCUUUGCCUGCGAAAAAUCCCACCUCGCCGUCCAAAUGUUCACCAACCUCUCCACCUCUGGCCCAGCCCUGGCCUUGUACCCGGCCUCGCAGAGGGUAACCUUCCUCUACUACCUCGGCCGCUUCAACUUUGACAACGCGCACUACUUUCGCGCGCACAUGUGCCUCGAGGAGGCCUACAGGCAGUGCCACACCUCCUUUCUCAAACACCGGCGCCAGAUUCUCACUUGGUGGAUCCCCUCCAACAUGCUCUGCGGCCGGUUCCCGUCGGUGAACCUCCUCUCCCGGCCGGACGCGGCUGGGUUUGGGGAGGUUUUCCUCCCGAUAUGCCGGGCGGUGAGGUCGGGGAAUUUUGUGGCGUUUCGGGCGGCGUUGGAGGGGAAGAGGGAGUGGUUGUGGGAGAGGGGGUUGUAUCUGGUUUUUCUGUAUCGUCUCAAGCCCUUGCUUUGGAGGUCGCUGACGAGGAAGACAUACGAAAUCUAA